AUGGCCAGUCUUCAGCUCCCCAGCCGGCUGCAACAGUCUUUAGACGAUACGAAAGUCGAGUAUCGCCAACUUGGCAAAUCUGGACUUCGGGUAUCUGUACCCAUCUUGGGCUGCAUGGGGUUUGGCGACUCUCAGGCUAUUCCAUGGGCACUUGACGAAGAUAAGGCGCUGCCGUUGCUCAAGGCAGCCUAUGAAAGGGGGCUCAACACCUGGGAUACAGCCAACUCUUAUUCAAAUGGUGCUUCCGAGCGUAUUAUUGGAAAAGCCUUGCACCACUUUAAUAUCCCUCGUGAGAAGGUGGUGAUUCUCACCAAGUGCAAUUUUGCCGUGGGCGAAACCCCUGGUAUGAACAAUCCUGAUGUCAAUCUGAGUUUUUCUAACCAUAGAGUAGAGGAGCAGCAAUUUGAGUUUUACUCCGAGUUUGACAGAAGUAAGGAUUAUCAAAACCAAUUUGGCCUCUCGCGUACAGCAAUCUUCAACCAGGUCGAAGCGUCAUUGAAACGACUGGGCACUACAUACAUUGACCUACUGCAAAUUCACCGCUUUGAUAGUUCGGUACCUAUCGAGGAAACUCUGAAAGCUCUGCACGACCUUGUUCAAUCAGGCAAGGUCCGCUACAUUGGCGCCAGUAGCAUGUGGGCAACACAGUUUGCUAGGCUUCAGUUUUGCGCAGAACAAAACGGUUGGACGAAGUUUGUUAGCAUGCAAGACCAGUACAACUUGCUUUAUCGGGAGGAAGAGCGUGAGAUGAUUCGCUUCUGUAAUGAGACAGGUGUUGGACUUAUUCCUUGGGCUCCUUUGUGCCGUGGCUACCUCGCCCGGCCCCUGUCUAGCUCUACGACGCGUACCACAACCGAGACUGACCUCACGAGUGGGGGACAUGGUUCCUCCAAAGUCGAUGUUAAGAUUAUUGGACGGGUGGAAGAGCUUGCAAAGAAACACGAAUGGCCGAUGGCCCAUAUUGCACUUGCCUGGAUUAACAAGAGGGUGACAAGCCCUAUAAUCGGAUGCAGCAGCUUAAAAAGACUCGAUGAGGCUAUUGGAAGUAAUGGAAAAUAUCUGGACAGCGAAGAGGAGCAGUAUCUCGAGGAACUCUAUCAGCCGAGACCUAUCUGGGGACAUAUCUGA